GUUGUGCCAAGUACAUCAGACGUGUGCCUGGGCUGUGUGAGGGGGCAGAGAGGUGAGCUGUCUGGCCUUCAGCCCUUCAUCCUUGGCUAAGGAAAUGACCAACCAGUAUAGUAUCCUCUUCAAACAAGGAGAAGUCCAUGAUGAUGCCAUUUGGUCAGUGGCCUGAGGGACGAACAAGAAAGAAAACUCUGAGACAGUGGCCAUGGGGUCCCUGGACAACCUGGUGAAGGUCUGGAAAUGGCGUGAUGAGAGGCUGGACCUGCAGUGGAGUCUGAAGGGACACCAGCUGGGUGUGGUGUCUGUGGAUAUCAGCCACACCCUGCCUAUCGCUGCAUCCAGUUCUCUUGAUGCUCACAUUCGUCUCGGGGACUUGGAAAACAGCAAACAGAUCAAGUCUACAGAUGCAGGACCUGUGGUUGCCUGGACUUUGGCCUUUUCUCCCGAUUCCCGGUAUUUGGCCACAGGGGCUCAUGUGGGGAAAGUAAACAUUUUUGGUGUGGAAAGUAGGAAAAGGGAAUAUUUUUUGGACAUGAGAGGAAAAUUCAUUCUUAGUAUCGCGUACAGUCCUGAUGGGAAGUAUCUGGCCAGUGGAGCCAUAGACAGAGUCAUCAAUAUUUUCGAUAUUGCAACUGGAAAACUGCUGCAUAUGCUGGAAGGCCAUGCUAUGCCCAUUUGCUCCUUGACCUUUUCCCCAGACUCUCGACUCCUCGUCACUGCCUCAGACGAUGGCUACAUCAAGAUCUAUGAUGUACAACACGCCAACUUAGCUGGCAUGCCGAGUGGCCACGAGUCCUGGGUGCUGAACGUGGCAUUUUGUCCUGACGACACUCACUUUGUUUCUAGUUCCUCUGACAAAAGUGUAAAGGUCUGGGAUGUGGGGACGAGAGCGUGUGUUCACACCUUCUUUGACCACCAGGAUCAGGCCUGGGGAGUAAAAUACAAUGUAAAUGGCUCAAAAAUUGUGUCUGUUGGAGAUGAUCAGGAAAUUCACAUCUAUGAUCGCCCAAUUUAAACAUCAAGGUCUUCAAUGCUAAUGCUACAGAGAGAAUGUACAGAGUGAACAUAACUUUCCUUAUCUUUGUACCUUGUUUCAAAGAAAUAUAGCAUUUGUUACAGCAGAAACAUAAAUAUUGUAGAUAUGA